CCUCAGCGUCUCUGGGCUGCAUGAAAUAUGGGAGACGACAGGCCGUUUGUGUGCAAUGCCCCCGGCUGCGGACAGAGGUUUACAAACGAGGACCACCUGGCGGUUCAUAAACACAAGCAUGAGAUGACAUUGAAAUUCGGCCCCGCGCGCACCGACUCGGUCAUCAUCGCAGACCAGACGCCGACGCCGACCCGCUUCCUGAAGAACUGCGAGGAGGUCGGGCUGUUCAACGAGCUGGCCAGCUCCUUCGAGCACGAGUUCAAGAAGGCUGCCGAGGAUGACGAGAAAAAGAGCGCCGGAGCCCUGGACAUGUCGCUGCCCUCCACCCCGGACAUCAAGAUCAAGGAGGAGGAGCCGGUCGAGGUGGACUCGUCCCCUCCGGACAGCCCUGCGUCGAAGCCACCAUCGCCCCAGAGCAAGGACAAGCGGUCUCCCACGGGAUCCCUCCCGCUCGUGGUGCAGCUCCCCAACGGGCAGACCAUGCCGGUGCUGCCCGGCCCCGCCGUGCAGAUGCCGUCCGUGAUAUCGCUGGCUCGACCCGUAUCCAUGGUGCCGAACAUUCCCGGGAUUCCCGGGCCGCCCGUCAACAGCAGCGGCUCCAUUUCGCCCUCGGGGCUCCCGGCGCACUCGGAAGCCAAAAUGAGGCUGAAGGCCCCCCUGACGUCCUCCUCGCUCAACGGCAGCGGCCUGGCGGUGCCCACGGCCAGCACGAUGGUGACGGCCCGGGCGGAGCAGAGCCAGGUCCUCGCGCAGCACCCGGACGCGCCGUCCCCGGCCCAGCCGCAG